UUUUCUUUCUUACAAAAAUUAAAAGUUUCACAUAAAAAAGACACAAAAAUUAAAAUGCUGCUUAGACCUAAAUUACCCUCAGAUUCUGAAUUAUUAUAUUCAAAAAUCCUUUCCCCCUCCUCCUCCUCCCCUUCAUCAUCUUCAAAAAAAGAUUUACCCAACAAACAACAACAACAAUUACCUCUUUUACCUCCUUUAGCUGUUGACACCUGCUCCUCUGACAGAUUAUUAAUAAAAGAAGAAAACAGCCAACAACAAAACAGCUUUAAUAGCAACGACAAUAAUAAACCCCCAAAGAAACCACCCAGAAUAUUUCAUUACCAGUCGGUACAGCAACUUAUUGCCAGUCCCAGCAAUCACAGUUGUUGUUCUCCACCAACAUCUUUUCAACAUUUACAGUCCCAACAACAUCAACAAAGACUUUCUUCUCCAACAAAAAUGCCCUCCUGUACUUCCUCCUCUCCUUCAUCAUUACAACAACAAAAACAACAUCCCCAAUCCUCAUUUUCACCUAAUUCUGCUGGUUCUACUUCCUCCCCCAAUGCUUCAACAGGAAGUGUUAAUGGGAGGCCUUUGAGAGUUGCACAACCUCCCCCACUAGCAACAGCUUUUACUCAGCCAGCACCUUCUACUUCUUUCCCUGUUGCUUCUUGUAAUGGAAAUAUUUUUAAAGAUCAAAAACAACUUCACAAUUCUCCCUCUUCCUUUAAUUCCAAACAAAAACAUCCUCAAUUACCAACAAAAAAUUCCUCCAUUUCCAAUUCUUCAAAUCAACGAUUAGGGGGUUUAAGUUAUACGGAAUUACUUGAAUUGGCGCGUAAUCAACAGAGGCAGAUAGAAGCAAAUGAGGCAGAAUUAGAUGAACGAAGAAAAGCUGUUGCACUUUUUGGUGUAGCCAGGAAAACUGCUGGGAGUGAACGGGAACAACAACAAAAUGCUCAAAUUUUAAUGUCCAAUAUUCGUUCACAAAUUGACCGUGAUGAAAAAGAACUUGUACGUCUAAGCCUCUAUAGAGAGGCCGGUAAACUACGUGAAUACAAUAAUCGUCAAGCAAGAGAAUUAAAACAAUUAGAAAAUGAUUAUGGAAAUGAUGAGAAAGAAUUACGGAAAGUUUUUGCCAAAGUAGAUACUCUUAGAGGGCAAUUAGAAAAUUUAUAUAUGAAAAGGGCUGCGGCUUCGGAUAUUGAAAAAAGAUUUUUGGUAAAUGAAAUGUCGUCUUCUUCCUCUCCAAAAAAGAAUUUAGAAGGACGUUCUAGUAGUAAUAAUACAUUCCAAAAUGAACGAAGGCCUAAAGCUUCUGUCAGCCCUUUUAAUAAAUACGAAAAAGGCCGUGAUAUACCAGACUGUUCGGGAACAACAUCAAUUAAUCAUUCUCCUACAAAGAAUCACCAAAUUUCAACAAAUCCAACAAUAUCCGGACAGGGAACAGCAAAAAUACAAUGGAGACGUGAACUUCCAUCAAACAGUACUAGACAACAACAAUAUAAUAAUUUACAACAAGCAACUUCCCCUACACAUUCAAAUAUGAAUGGUUCUACUGGCGGAUUAUUGCCUCCAGCGGUUGACAAAAUAAGUCUGCGUCGAAAUUCCAUCAAUCAGGCAAAGCGUAAUUCUCUUGUGAGUGAAGGUGGAGAUGAACAUGUCCAAGCCCUAUUAUUGGCAGAAUUAAGAAGAGGCCGUUCCCACAUUUCUUUUGGACGAUCAUGGGAUAGUAGCCAAUUAAGUGAUGAAUUUAGAGCAACAACAAGAAGAGGAGAAAGAUUAUUUGAAGAAACAGAAUGUUCAAGUAGCCAAAACAAAUUAGAAAAUCGUUUUAAGGCAAAUGAGAGUAGUAAAAUAACAGAGAAAUGGACAGAUAAAGAGGAGAAUAAACCAAAAAUUUCAUCAGAAAAUCAACAGAAUCAAUUAACAUUUUUGCAACAACAAAGCAUAAUUUCACCAAAAACAUCACCAAAAAGAACUCCAUUGCCGCCUGAAAAUAGUUUGGAUACUUUUAAUAAAAUAUUUAAUAAACAAGAACCUAGAGGGAGGGAAGAAAGUGAAGAAAAAGAAGAAAAUGAAGAUUUCAUGGAGAAAGGAAACAGAAAUGAAUACCAAAAAGAUUAUAAUGAUAAAGUUGAAACUUCAGUUAUUGAAGUUAAUAAUGAAGAAGGAAAAGGGGAAGAAAACAGGAAAUUUGAAGAAGAAGACAAUGAAGAAGAUAAAAAUAAGGAAAGAGAAGAAGAAAAUAAUUAUAAAACUGUUCAAUUACUCGAAAGAAUAAAUCUUCGAUUGGAUGAAGAUUUAUUUGUUAAGGAGGAAGAAGAAAAUGAAGAAGAAAAGGAAGAGGAAAUGGAAGAGGAAAUACAUGAUGUGGAACUGCCAAAAACAACGAUAACAACUGGAAGUCCUCCACUUUCUGACAGUUCUACUGUUUCGAGUAGUGAAUUGGAGAGAGAAGGGAUUUUGGCAUUAUUUGACGAUUCUUGGCAUAAAAGCAUUCGUUCAACGGGUAAUAAAGGAAUUCUUCGGGAAAGACAACAAAAUGGUGUAUUAUUAAAUACAAAUACACGUUUAGAACCAAAAAAGCAAACAAAUCGAGUUAAAAUUGAUUUGGUUAUUUUAUUUUUGGAUGUUGCUUAUGAAGGGCAAUAUGAAAUGCUUGUUAAAUUAGCAUCUCAAAUUGACGAUAUUUCUGUUUCAAAUAGUGAAGGGUUAACAGCUUUACACUAUGCAAUAUGUGCAAGUAAUCAUGAUAUUGUACAAUUUUUGGUAGAAAAUGGGGCUGAUGUUAAUGCUUUGGAUGUUGAUGGUUGGACUCCUUUACAUUGUGCUGCCUCUUGUGGUAAUUUGCCAAUGAUUAAACUUUUAAUUGAAUAUGGUGCUUGUCCAAUAGCUACAACAAUUAGUAAAUCUGAGACAGUUGCUCAAAUAUUUGAUGAUUCUAAUGAAAAUGCAGCAGUAGGGAUUGAAUAUAUGAAUUUUGUAGAGGAGUGUAUGGGGGUUGUUAAUGAUUCUAAGGUUUAUGCUGCUUAUUCAUAUUCUCCUCAACGAGCCGAUGAAUUAAGUUUUGAAGAGGGGGAUGAAUUAAAAGUAAUUAGAAAAUGUGAAUAUUUAGAGGAGGAAGAAGAAGAAAAUAUAAAAAAAGAAAAAACAAAUUUAGAAGAAGAAUGUGAUGAACAUUGUUGGUGGUUAUGUGAACAUACAAAAGAAAUAUUUAAUAAACAAAAAAGUGGAUUUGUACCUCGUAAUUAUUUAGCUUUAUUUCCAACUUUAAAACAUCAAAAUAAAUUUAAUGUUGAUUUUAAAUUACCAAAAGAAAUUGUUUUUGCUGAACAAAAUAAUUUGGAAAUGAGGAGGAAAUCUCUUGAUGAUGAAGGAGAAAAUGAUGAAGAAUUAAAUGAAAAUAAUGAAGAAGAGGAGGAAGAAGAAGAAGAAAGAAUAUGUAAUAAUAAUGUUUUGAGAAUUAAUAAUGCAACAAUAACAACAAAAACAACGAAUUCUUUAGGCCAUCAAGAAUUAAGUACAUAUGCUUAA